CAGUUAGAUUCUGUAAAGUUGCUACUGUGAUAGCUGUGACUUCUCAGUCACUGUGAUUUCUAACAGAUACGCGAUUUCCUGCCCACCACUACAAAGAACGCAGAAAUUUUUUGUAGAGUCAUGCUUCUGUUUACCAUUUUUAAAGCUAGAACUUCGAACAUUCCAGAUGCACUCAUGUGCCUCAUAAGAGAGUGGCAAGUUCGUUACUGACAGACCAAAACAAUCACAAGUAUUGUGUUGUUGUAUUUACUGCUAGGAGGGCAGUAUAUACCUCUUUGAUCUGUACCGACCAUUGGUACCUUAUUCUUACCUCCAUGAUUGGUACCGACAAAGCUGUGAACACCGGUUUGUGUUGCCAACUUCGUAAUCCAGUUACUAACCGCGAACAUCAUUACAGAACAUGUUUGCAACGCACUACAAACGUGCCUUUAUUCAAUGAUAAAUUGAAAACUGUGAUAACACAAUGAAAAUUGGCAUAUAGCUCAACUUUCACAAAACAUAUUAUCACGCGCCACCUACGAAGACUUAAGUAAUACCGGCAGUUGGUGUGUUCAAUAAAUAAUUUGAUCGUGUAUGGCAUUCCUGUUUCGUUUGUUUACAAACAUGAAAUUUUACUAAAAAAAGGCUAUGCAGACGUGUUUUUAACCUUGUCAAAAUUGUUUGUAAAUGCGAGUUCUGUGCUGCUAAAUCCAAUGUGCGCUACUACACUUUGUGCUUAAUGAUACACUGUCAGUUCAUUACCAUUACACCGUUCUUCUUUCUUGUAUAGUUAGGCAGUGGGAUUGUUUUUACUCAUUAAAAUGUUCACCAGUUUAUGUACCUAUUUAGAUGAUACGCUACUUUGGCGUUAACAAUUUUUACUUUACAUUUUAUCACGAAUAUUGGAGUAUUCAAGAAGAUGAGCGAACCCUGCAUUACUUUUGAAUCGCUGUACAUCAAUACGGAUGUAACGUGUGUGAAAUGUUACGGAGAUUACGUACUGACAGGAACUGGACCGUGGUUCAGUAUAUAUAAUGCAGAGACCUCAGAAUGUUUAUUAAAUUGUUCGGUCUUCCAUGGACAGAGGAUUCACGGUAUAGCUCCACAGUCAGAUGAAAGAAUUGCUAUUUUUGGUGGAAGACAAGUUGUUUUUCUUCACUUAAACCUGAAUUUUAAAGAAAUCCUUAACAAAAUCAGAUGUCAUGUUGAUGAGUGGAUCAUUGAUCUUCAUUGGUUGGAAUGUGGAAGAAAAUUUGCCAUUCUUACUGCAGAUAAUGUCAUUUCACUCUGGAAGAUGAAUGAACCAGAGCAACUUGCUAAAGUUUCUUGCAAGUUAAACUGUCUUGUCUAUAGUGCUGUCAUACUUAAAGAAUCAUGGUCAAACCUGAUUGUGUUAGCAGGCACAGCUUUUGGGAAAAUUCUUGUAUGGAAACCUGCUCUUAAUCUUUCAGAAAAACAGGAACACAUCCUGCAUACACUUACUGGGCAUGAUGGUGUUGUAUCAUCUGUAUCAUAUGAUGCAGAGACUAGUGUCAUCUGUACCACUUCAGAUGACCGCUCAGUAAAAAUAUGGAAAGUGAACCUGAAUCAUGAGGAAUAUUGGGAAACUGCAUCAAUUCAGUUAGUCUGUUCAUUGUAUGGACACACAGCAAGAGUAUGGAAGGCUGUCACAGUGAACAGAACUGUAGUUAGUGUUGGUGAGGAUUCAUCUGUAAUGGUGUGGGGAUUUGAAGGAAAAUUGCUGAAACAGUGGAAGUAUCAUCAGAGCACUACCAUAUGGGCUAUGGACUACAGCACUGAGAAAAACAUUGUUGUUGUCGGUGGAAGUGAUGGGGGAAUUAUUGCAUGGCCAUUUAAUAUGUGGAGAGAAGAGAGUUUGAAUCAUGCACAAUUGUCUUUCCACGGGUGCUUAAACAAUUCAGUUAAUCAUGUAAAUCAUAUAGAUGGCAUCAUACUUCGCCGUAUUCUUAUUUUAAAGGAUAACCAUGUAGUGGCAUUAACUAAAAAUGCCGCUCUUUGGCAUUAUGAUGACUGCCAUGGUGCCGAAUGUAAAUUUACAUUUGACUGCAAAAGAUUUUCAAAUAUAUGCCUUCUUGACAUCUCAACAUCAAGAGCUUUGCUUGCUAUUGCAUCAUGUGAUGGUGAAAUUCUUGUUAUGAGUGAUGAAAACUGCUGCAGAGGGGAAACCUUAACAAAACUGGUCAAAGUGCACUCUUCGGAAGGAGCCAUAUCAUCAUUGCACUGGGCUUCAGAUGACUGUUUAUUAGUAUGUUCCUCUUCUGGUCCUAUGGAGCUAUGGAAACUCAAAGCAGUUGGUGAUGAAUGUCACUCUCUUACCUGUCUUCAGAAGUUCAGCUUACCAACUAAGAAAAGGUCAUCUGUUAUGACAGCUGUGAUUCAUGACAGUCAUCUGUUAUUUGGUGACAGGACAGGAAACAUUCAUGUUUAUGGUUUAAUAACCACUGAUGAUAACAAUGGGACAGUAAUGUUGGAUAAACUGCAUACAAAGCACCAGCACGGAAAAGAAAGUGUCACAUUUAUAAUGAGCCUGAAAUCUGAAAUAAUUUCAGUUGGACGUGAUGGUAUGCUCUGCUGGUUUACUGUAGCAAAUAAAACAUUACAUGAGGUUUCUGUCUGUAGGCUACCUAUGGAAUGGCCUGCAAGAAUUCUUAUUGCAAAUGGUGGAAUCCUUAUUGCAGGUUUUGUUGAUGUGAAGUUUAUUGUUUGGAGCCAUGAAGAAAAACAAAUACUCCUAGAAGUUCAAUGUGGAGGUGGUCAUAGAGCAUGGGACUGUGCAGUUAAUGAAGAUAUUUUCACUUUUCUAUAUCUGAAAGAUAAUGUUGUACACAGAUGCAUAUGGAGCUUAGUUGAUUUAACACGACCACAUUUGCAGAGAGGUUUUCAUCUCAAGGACAUUAAUUGCCAGAAGCUUAUUUGUGAAAAUACAGUCAAAAUUCCAUACCGCCUUGUGGCAUGCGGUAGUGAAAACAAUACAGUUUAUCUUAUUUUUCUUCAAGCUGGCAUGGCACCUACAGUAGCAGCAGUUCUUGACACACACAUAUCCAGUGUGAGAACUCUGGAUGUAUGUUGCCUAAGAAAGUCUGAAGAGUCUGAUUUGUUCCUGCUGGUUACUGCUGGUGGAAGAGCUCAGCUGAAAGUGUGGAAAAUUUGUGUUUCGCAUUCAGGAGAUGAAGCUGUAUUGCCACAAGUGUAUUGCUCUGAAGUUUGCUCAGAUAUUUUGAAUAAAUGUGGAGGUAAGAAGAAAGCAUCUUGGAAGUCACUGCGGCCUGUGGCAGAGGCAGAUAUGCGGUAUAUGGACAUCUGCAUCUUGCAAACCGAACACACCCCAAGAGACACUUGUGAAUACACUGUUCCAUUUGCUUUUAUUUUGGUAGGGUGUUCAGAUGGGAACUGGAGGUUGCUAAAUUACAAUACACAGUGUGACCAUCUAAAUCAUCUGAAAGCAUUUCCCAGCCAAAUGUGUGUGUUGAAAGUUGGCUAUCUUUUCACUAGGAGUCAUUAUUUUGUUUUUACAAUGGACACCAAUGGAUGUUUAAAAUUAUGGGAUUUAACUGCUGAUAUCCAUGACGCAGUAAGAAGUAAAUUUCAGAUGCCUAACAAUCAUAAAAAUUCCUUUGUUCAGACAGAGAAACAGAGAAAACCAUUGUUUUCCAUUAAAGUGCACCAAACAGGCAUUAAUAGUAGUGAUACAUUUAGUGUAUCAUGUGAGAGGUUUGUUAUUGGUACAGGUGGUGAUGAUAAUGCACUAUCACUAACCAUGCUUGAUUUGAAGAUUGGGAAUGCUGGAGAUAUGGAUGUAGUUUGUGUUUCUCAGUGGGAAGAUACAACUGCACAUCUUGCACAGAUUACAGGCAUAAAAAUGUUUAAUGGAUUCAUUAUUACUGGUUCUGUGGAUCAAUGCAUUGCAUUGUGGAGCUGGAGUUACCUAUCAUGCAAACUGAAUGCUACGAAACUUCAAAGCUUUUGUAGUACCAUUACUGACAUUAAAGGAUUUCUUGCAUGGAGAACAGAGAAUGAAUUUACCAUUUCUCUUUAUGGUCAAGGCAUGGAAUUGAUCAGAGCCAUCGUGAAUGAUGAUCCGGACAAGGAGGCAGCUCAAAAAGUUUGAAAUCUGAAAGCAGAUUAGGUAUUAAGACGUACUCGGUGUUUCCUACUGAGCAAGGUGAUGCAGUGGUUAGCACUCUGGACUUGGAUUUGGGAGGAUGACAGUUCAACUCACCAUCCAGCCAUCCCGAUCUGGGUUAUCUGUGAUUUCCUUCCCCAUUCUUGAAACAAUCUGAGCUUCUAUUCUGUCUGUAAUGACAUCGAUGUUGAUGGGAUGUUAAACCCUAAUCUUCCUUCCUGGUUCCUUUUUUCAAUGUUUCUUCCUGUAAAUGGUCACUCAUUUAUUCAGAAUCAGGAUUUAAUUUAAAUUUUCCAAUGUAAAUACAUAUCAUUUGGUAACUAAUGUUCUAUUAAAGAUACUUUGUUUUAUGGCUGUUGUUACUGUAUUUCAUUGUAGCAAAAGGAAUGUAGCAUGGACACCACAUGAGAUGUAACAAAAUAACAAAACUUUUCUUUUAUGUUCGGGAAAGGGGGAGAAUUAAUUUCUUGUUGGCAGAUAGGCAGUAAUGUUGGGUUCUGUAAUAGGUACUUGUGCUAAAAAUUGUCUUAAAUCAGUCAGCUGUCAACUGUGGAGAGGUGUCAUUGAUGUUGAUGGGAUGUUAAACCCUAAUCUUCCUUCCUGGUUCCUUUUUUCAAUGUUUCUUCCAGUAAAUGGUCACUCAUUUAUUCAGAAUCAGUGUCACAUAAUACUUCCCCAUCAGCCUGUAAACUUCAGAUUAGUUUCAGUGUAUGAAAAAGGUAAAAGAAACAAAGGAAAACAUCUACUUACCAGGCUGCUGCAGCUCAACCAUCUCAGAUAGAAAGCUCAAUAACUUUUAAAACUAGGAAUGUGAAGAAAAGAGGUUUUUCAAAUAACUGUACAGGAAUGGAUCCAGAACAUUGGGGCUGUGGUCUGCCUGCAUACCAGAAAAUAACUCGGGUGACUGAAGUGAAAUAGAGAAUCAUUUGGCAGUAAAUGCCUCUCUCAACUAUUAUGUUGCUUGAUUAAUUCACACACACACACACACACACACACACACACACACACACACACACACACACAGGGCUGCAUUUUCCCAGCUGACAACACUAAACCAUCACAGUAGUUCAACUGAUGGAGACUCCACUGGGUCCAGGAAGUUUGUUGUAGUUUAGCAAUUUCAGCUGUUUCUCAAUGUACACUAUCUUCUCCGUGGCAUGAGAAUGGCAGUGGGGCAGCAGUCCUGGAUUUUCCUUUGUAAAUGAACAUUUGAAAGUCAAAUUAAACAUUUCUGCUUUUGUCUUGCUACCUCAGUUUCAGUUCCAAUGUCAUUCAUGAGUGUCUGGCACUAACUCGGGUGCUACUGAAAGCCAUUAUAUUUAUGACCAGAAUUUCUUUGCCUCUUGUGAAGUGUCUUUCCAUUCAGCAAAUCUCUAUCUACAGCCCUAUGCUUUGUUUUGCACUUAUUGUGCAAUGUUCAGUGUUUCUUACUUACAGAGACUGUAUACCAAACAGGGACCCCCUUUGUGAACUGACCUACUAUGAAUAUAUCUGUCCAGUCAUUAGUCAAUUAGUCCUCUAAACUUGAAUCACAUUUUCAUUUUUUGUAGUCCUGUCUUCCUCAGUUGUGUGUAAUAUUACGGUAUAUUGAUAAUUUUUACUUAUGGACCGUAAGUGACAAAAAUGUAAAUUUAAAUAACUAACAUAUGUACAUAUUUCAGGCCACUGAUAAUGCUCUGCAGAAAAUAAAGGCGAAACGUGUAUGGCACUAAAAUUGUGUUUUAUUCAGUUGCUGUCAGAUGGUCCAUAAGUAAAAAUUAUCAAUAUACCGUAACAUUCAAUCACAUUUCUUAUUCAUGCUCCUGUCCAGAGCUUAAUGCUUCACAUUUCUACUUGAGAUAUGACACUACUGCCUCUUUAUCUAAUUUACUGGAUAAGUAAAUCUUUCUACUGGCCUUAGUUGCCCUUUAUACUUUACAAAUCAUUGUUGCUACAACUGCCUUGUGUUCACUGAUACCUGUUUCAAUGUGGACCUCCUCAGAGAGGUCAGGUUUAUUUGUAGCCAUAAGAUUUUUGCAUUUUAUGCAACCCUCAUGUGCAGGAUUUUCAUAUUCUCUCACUUGCUGUGUGCAAACUAUUAGUCCUACAGACAAAAUGAACACGACCUUUCUGUAGGAAAUUAAAUGUAGUUAAAUUUUGCAUCGGGGGAUACAUUUUUGCUGGAGGGCACAAUUUUCGUGUUAUUCAAGAAAAAUGCAUUUGGAGGUCACUUUUGUAUGUUUCUCUUUAAUAAUUCAAAAACCACAUGCUCUGGCAAAAACAUAUCCCUUUGUAAAAUUAAAAUACAUUAAAUUUCCUACAUAAAGAUCCUGAGUCUCACGGUCAACAGAAGGACCCAGUAAUAAAUUUAUGUACAUCCCUGAUACUGAGUCUUGGCCAAAAAAUCUCACAUUCAGCUUCACUUUCUCCGUCAGUGGAUUUGAGUUUUGUGUCUGUUGCGAUGAAUCCACCACUUCUAUUUCCUGUUAGGCUAUCCUUGUAAUCAUCUAGUAAAAUUUCUGCCAAAGAGGCUAUGGAACAGCAUGAGUAAAAAGUGAUAAGUUCUUUGAUUUAUUAUGUAUAAUUUGACUAAAAUUAUGUAAAUAAGUUACAGAUACAUGUAAAAUCAGAUACAUGUAAAAUCAGAUAUGUGUAAAAUGAGAUAUGUGUAAAAUGAGAUAUGUGUAAAAUCAGAUAUAUGUAAAAUCAUAUAUAUUAACUCUUGUAUUAUGUGUGUACUAUGUCUAUAUCUGUGCAAAUCAAGGCAUAUUUUUGAGAAUGUUUGGAAGUUUGUAAAUGUUGUGUAUAAUGUAUUUCAAAGUAAACUGAUC